AAAUCAAAAGCAAACGAGAAACAAACACUAUUUGUAUUUCCCUUUCUCGUCUCUCCGUCGGCGUCCUGUCAUCGUUUUCUCAGAUUCCUGGAAUCAUUCUCUUUCGAUACCCAACCCCUUCCUUCCUUCAUUCUCCGAUUCGAAAACCCUAGCUUCCAAUCAUGCCCAUGGAGAACGACAAAGACCACGGUGUCAACGUCGUCGUCACCGCCGAGCAAGCGAGCAAGGUUAACGACAGCACUGACGUACGGUUACCGGAGAAUCUUCAGACCGGCGUCGUAUCGGAUUCCGGAGGUGGAAGCGAGAAAGGAGAUGAAUCGGUGGUGGAUACGGCGGUGGCGGUGGCUGCGGAUGAGAGCGGAUCGAAUUCGGUGGGAGAGCUACCUCCCCGAUCUUCCUCAGCGAGAGUUCCGUUCACUAAUCUGAGCCAGAUUGAUGCCGAUCUUGCUCUUGCUCGCACGCUCCAAGAACAGGAGCGGGCGUAUAUGAUGCUGACGAUGAACAGUGAGGUGAGUGACUAUGGGAGUUGGGAAACUGGAAGCUAUGUAUACGAAGAGGAUGAGGAUGAUGACGAAUAUGAAACAGAUGAUGAUCCUCAGGAAGAUGCGCCAGUUGUUAAUGCUCAUGAAGAGGAUCAAGAAGAUGAGGAAGAAGCUGGCUAUUCAGAUGAUGAAACCUUUGCUAGAGCUCUUCAGGAAGCUGAGCAAAUCUUAUCUGGGUUAGGAAAUCGGGUUGAAGAUCCGGAGGAUGAGGAGGAUCAUACUUCUCAGGAAGCGUGGGACGAGAUGGAUCCUGAUGAGCUUUCAUAUGAGGAGUUACUUGCACUUGGCGAUAUUGUAGGAACCGAGAGUAGAGGGUUGUCUGCUGAUAUGAUUGCAUCUUUGCCUUCAAAAAGAUAUAAAGAUGGAGACAAUCAGAACGGAACCAAUGAAUCGUGUGUUAUAUGUCGUUUAGACUAUGAGGAUGACGAUAACUUGAUACUGCUUCCAUGCAAACAUUCUUACCAUUCGGAGUGCAUAAAUAACUGGUUGAAGAUAAACAAGAUUUGCCCGGUAUGCAGCGCAGAAGUUUCAACUUCCACAGCUGGACAAGAAAGCUAAUGAGAGGAAACGAAAAGGUUUCCAGGAGAGAAAAAAUUGUAAGCUAAGAACUGUGUUAUGGCUUAGCUGUCUGUUUGUACACUAUAUAAACAAAACCAUCAUCAGAUUUGCUUGGAUCCUUUGAACAAUCUCAUAAAUUGGAACUUUCUCAAAGCUUUUCUUAA